GGUUAAUAAAGUUAUUACAUAAAUACACUACAUACAUAUGUUUCAUACAUAGCCAUGUUUUAUCCGGCCUAAAUCAUACAUCCCCAAGCCACAAAUAAGUUAAUGGACUUCCAUUAUGAACAACAUUCGUGCUCGUCGAAACCAUGCAACGUCAUCGUUUUGAAUUUUGUCAACGCAAACUGUAGUCGCUUAGAGGAUGAUGAAACCGAAACUCAAGUCAGCUUUAAAUCAAAGUGAACUGCAUUUAUAGGAAGAACUAAGUAAACACCAACCAACACAAACAAGGAAAACAAAAUCAAAAUAUAGCAGAAAAUCAAGCAAAGAAAAACAGCAAACGCCGAGUAGCGUUGGGUGCAUAGUAUCAGCUUUAGUGUGGCAUAUGAAAAAAUGCCGGCCAUAAACGAAAUACUGCGAGUAAACUGGAAUUUGCAAGUCAUAUCAUGUAUCGUCGUACUGCUGCUCACAACACAAAAUAUACAACCGGCUUUUUGUAUUGACUGCUUCAAAUGUGUUUCAUUCAACGGAGCCAACAAGGCGUGCGACGAUCCCUUUCACAACAAUUACUCCACCGCCAUACUGGAGUCUCCGUGUAUGGGUGGGCGAAAAGGACGUGACGGCCUUUUUCCGGCGACGGCGUGCAUAAAAAUUGCUGGGAUUUAUGAUGAUACUGGCGAAUCAAUAACUGUACGGGGAUGUGCACUUGAUAGCGGUACACUCACGACGGACACGGAAAUCAUACGAAUGUCACAUUGUGGCAAAUUCUACUAUGAUGACAGGUAUGUACAUGGCUGCUUACAAAGUUGCAACGAUGCGGACGCGUGCAAUCAUGCUGUGGCCAACUACAAAAGCACACCACAAACACUGUGGCAACACUGCAACUUAGCGCUAUUGACAUUCAUAGCGUUACACCAACAUCUGCUCGAACUAAUCAGGUAGCAGUAUAGCGGCAUAUAGAGAGUACAUGUGAACAUACAUACAUACAUGCAUAUAUACAUACAUACAUACUUAAGUAGAGUUCGAACAUUGACAUGGUCAUGAAGUCGAGAUCUGGCAUAUCUUGAGAGCAACGCUCUAUGCUGCAAUUAUUGUAUUGGUAUUGGUGUUGUUGUGGUGAACAUGGAAACUUCGUACACAAGAUGAAUUUACAAAUAGGUUUAAGCGUUAUUGUAUUGCUUUGCAAGUAGUGAACACACACAAAAUUAACAUUGUAUAAAUAACAUAACAUACACACACAAACGUUUCGAAUAAAACUGCAAGCUAAACGAAUUGAGAAAAAUAAUUUGAUAAAUCAAGCAACGCAAUGAAUUUCUUAAAUGCAUAAAUCUGCGCACAUUCACACGUACAUA